GUGUUCUUUCAAAUGAAAAAUUUUAUGGAGCUCGAUUUUCGUUCAACGUUCCUUUAAUUUCACUAAUUAAAGUUAUCAAUUCGUAUAAAGCCUAAAUUUCAGUUAUCGCAUUCGUAUGAACGUGAUGUGUUCUACAAACUUUGCACAAAUGGAAUAGCUUUCACUAAACAAGUUUAGAUACAAACUGUGGAUACAAUUACAAACCACAACAGACAAACCAUACAUUUCAAUAUUUUCAAUCAUGCGAAUUGCUGUAAUUGCCGUCCGAACCUUGCUGCAUCGUCCCAUCAUUCUUUGCCGUUUGGGACCGACGAAUCUGCCCCUUUGUAGUAGUUCCAUCACCCAGUGUCGACAAAUCUCAACCUCCAGGAGAUUCUGCGGCGAUGUGUACAUGCCUCAAACUACUACCCAACCUUAUGGCGAAGUCGAAGACAUAGUCCCACUCGUAUUUUCAUCAACAUUAAAACAGAAACUGGCUGCGUCAAGGAUGAAUCGCUUCCAGAAGGUUUUUAACGAGACUCGGAGUCCAUUCAUCGCGCAAGUGGUCGAGACUCGCGACGUUACUGAGGUGUUAGACUUGACAGAGAAAUACGCCGAGACGAUGGAGGUGCCCUGUGUUACUGCAGCGAUAGAAAUCCUAUUCAGUUUCAUCAAAGACGAAAAGACGCCAACGAGAAGGAAAGAGCUUUGCAAUAGUGUGGGGAUGCAAAAGUUGUGGAAAGUUUUGAGAAGAAAGGCCCGUCACAUGCAAUCCAGUGACAUUAUUAGUGGAAUCAAACUCCUCAAUCUUCUAGGUCUCCCAGCAUCAGACACAAAUAUUCAAAUCAUGCUCAAAAUUUUGACGAAACAAGCAAAUUAUUUGGAGCUGAGCGAAAUCGUGUAUCUCCACUUUCUCAUGGGAAAAUUUCAUGGGGAUACAAAGUCUCCUCUAACUUAUGCCCUAGAAAUGGCUCUACCCGUGGUUUUUGAGAGUCAAAUAAUGACCAAGAGUCAAAAUGGAGAGUUGGACCAGGAAAGCAUUCAACUUUUGUGUGACUAUUUACACUAUGCGUCUGAUCGAGGCCUGUCAGAUAAGACAUUGAAACCUUUGGUUACGGCGAUUGAAAAAAAUGCAAAAUCUCUAACACCAAGACAUGCAAUGAGCAUUCUAUGGUCUCUGGGAGAAGCAAAAAGUGACGACCCGUACCAGGAACACGUAGUCAAGUCCUGUUUCAAAGUGGUGACAGACAAUAUGGAGUCCUAUGACUUGAAUGUACUGAGCACUGCGAUGAGCAAGGCAAACAGAAAAUAUGUCGUUAAAAAAGUACCAUUCUUUUACGACGAAAAUUUUGUUCAUUCUUUCUGCAACCGACUCAUGAAGAGGCACAACUCGAACGCAGAUCAGGCAUUGUUUUCCUUGAAAAAUGUCUCACUAUUUAGGCACGUCCACGUGGAGUACAUGGAUCGAGUGGGAGAAAUAAUCGCAUCAAACCCUUCGCUCGUGUUGAACAAUGAUUUUCUAUUCUUCUCAUUAGUAAAGUCUUUCUGUGGGUGUAACUACAAGCCUGAAAAUUGGCACAAGAUUGAGGCAAUGCUUCUUAAUCAUCCUGCUUUAUCCAAGGAUCUUGGGCCACUCGCCAUCAAUUUAGCUGUUGACUUUCUGGCGUUGGACACCUACCCUGAAGUAUUAAUACAGAGGAUAUUUUCUCCUCAAGAGUUACCCAAUCUAGACGCUUUCAUUCAGAAAAGCCCAUUCCAAAUCUCCUCUGCUCACACUCUGCUCCUUCUGCUAAAUUCUGUUCAGCUCCUGCACCCGCACUACUCUGGGGCUCUACCCCCGUUGUCAAUGAUUAACAGGUGGAAAGAGAUAACUCGUAACGAGCCCAUUAAUAGAAAUCAUUCUCUCAAGGCUGCACUACAGACUGGUUUCGGUGGCGAAAACUAUGUACUCAAUGGUCUACAUUAUAACGGACUGCGUAUCGACCAUGUUAUUGUCAUGCGGAAGGGAGGUUACCCCAUCGCAAUGAAUGAUACAAGUGAACUAAAAGAGCUUGCAGAUAUACGAAAACCUGCCGAGAGUGAUAUAGUUCUCUUGAAAGUGUUUUGGAAGGAUGCAUAUUCAAACAACACUCCGCGUCUUCGAGGGGUGAAAGCUUUGGAACAACGUCUCUUAGAAAAGCUUGGUCAUCCGAUGAUUACGGUGGAUGGUGAGAGAUGGACUGAAUUAGCAGAUUAUGAAAAAAUACCCUUCCUAAUGCACCGAAUUCGUGAAAAAAUUGACAAAUUACAAUGGAAUCAAACUGGCAGUGAUGUCAUACCUAGAUAAAUCUAAUUCAUGUGUCCAUUUUCAAUAUCCUAGUCUAAAAUAUCUUGUACUGAAAAUUGUCAAAGUAUAAGUUGUAAAUAAAUCACCAAAUGACAUCAAA